AUGGACAAAGACAAUCUAACUGUGCUGAAUGAAUUCAUUCUGAUGGGAAUCACAGACCGCACUGAGCUGCAGGCUCCAUCGUUCGGGCUGUUCCUCAUCAUCUACGUGAUCUCAGUAGUGGGCAACUUGGACAUCAUCAUCUUCACCAAGAUAGACUUCAAACUUGAAACACCCAUUGAACUAUUCACUCUGUCAGCAAUGUCUUAUGACCGCUAUGUGGCCAUUUGUAACCCUCUGCUCUACACAGUCAUCAUGUCACAAAGGGUUUGCCAGGUGCUGGUUGUAAUCACCUAUCUCUAUAGCACAUUUGUUUCUCUUCUCAUCACCAUAAAGAUAUUUAAUUUAUCCUUCUGUGGUUAUAACGUCAUCAGUCAUUUCUACUGUGACAUUCCCCCCUUGUUCUCUUUGCUCUGCUCAAACACACAUGAAAUUGAAUUAAUCCUUCUGGUCUUAGUAGCUUUUGAUUUGAUUUCGUCUCUCCUAAUAGUUGUUGUUUCUUACCUGCUGGUUCUUGUAGCCAUUAUCAGAAUGAACUCAGCUGAGGGCAGGUACAAGGCCUUCUCUACCUGUGGAUCCCACCUGACAGUGCUGGUAGUGUUCUACGGGACUUUAUUCUUUACAUACAUUCAGCCCAAGUCCAAUCACUCUUUUGACACUGAUACAGUGACUUCAAUAUUUAUACUCUGGUUAUUCCAAUGUUGA